UGCGCCUUUAAGGCAGAGCGCGCCGGGGAGCACCACCCCCGAGGAGCGCGCCGUCGCCACUGGCCGAGCGCGCGGCAGGGAGGCACGUGGGAAGGCACCUCGAGCGCUCCGAUUGGAGCCAGCGCCUGCCGGUCAGCGAGCGCCGGGCCCGAGCCCGCCCCCCGGGCCUCGGCGUUCGGUUCCCGAGUCCUCCACGUUACAUUCCCAGACGGCCCCGGGGUGCGCGGCCUUAGCGGGCCCCUUGCGUCCGCCGGCCGGUGCGCCGAAGCCGCGACGUAGCUGGAUCCACCAUGGCGGAGCUCUCCCAGAAUCGGGGCAAGCGGCGGGAUGGUGAGGUGCUGGGUGGCGCUGUGGACUUUCUCCUGGCCAACGCCCGCCUGGUGCUGGGUGUGGGCGGGGCUGCCGUGCUGGGCAUCGCCACCCUGGCUGUGAAACGGCUCAUCGACAGGGCCACCAGCUCUCGGGACGAGGAUGAUGUCAAGGGGGACGCCACAUGCCUGGAGGACAGCUGGAAGGAACUGAGCCUGCUCAAGGCCACGCCACGCCUGCAGCCGCGGCCCCCACCUGCUGCCCUCAGCCAGCCCACGCCGCUCCCGGCCCGCUCACCCUCCGCCCCAGCGGGGCCCGCAGGUGCAGAUGCUCCAGGGGCGCCUCGGCUCAGCUCCCCAGCACCGCCGUGCCUGACGUUCCAGGAGAAGCUGCUGGCAUUUGAGCAGGACCAUGUGACCAUCCCUGUGGCCCAUGUGGCUCUGGCCAAACAGCUGGCUGGCGAUGUUGCUCUGGAGCUGCAGGCCUACCUGCGAAGCAAGUUCCCCGCACUGCCCUUUGGGGCAGUCGUGCCCGGCGGGCCACUCUUUGAUGGGCUGCAGGCGGGGGCUGCCGACCCUGUGCGCCUCCUGGUGCCCCUGGCCCUGGAGCCAGGCCUGUGGAGCCUGGUGCCUGGCACGGACACUGUGGCCAGGGACCCUCGCUGCUGGGCGGUGCGCAGGACUCAGCUGGAGUUCCACCCCCGGGGGAGCAGCCCCUGGGACCGCUUCCUGGUAGGCGGCUACCUCUCCUCCCGGGUGCUGCUGGAGCUGCUCCGCAAGGCCCUGACCGCCUCCGUCAACUGGCCGGCCAUUGGCAGCCUGCUCGGGUGCCUGAUUCGGCCCCGCGUGGCCUCGGAGGAGCUGCUGCUUGAGGUGCAGCACGAGCGCCUGGAGCUCACCGUGGCUGUGCUCCUGGCCGUCACCGGGGCCCAGGCCGGAGACCGCCUCCUGCUGGCCUGGCCCCUGGAGGGGCUGGCGGGGAACCUCUGGCUGCAGGACUUGUACCCGGCGGAGGCCGCCAGGCUGCGGGCCCUGGAUGCUGGUGACACUGGGACCCGCCGGCGGCUACUGCUGUUGCUUUGCGGUGUCUGCCGCGGCCACUCUGUCCUGUGGCGUCUGGGUCGCAGCCACCUGACCCAGGUGGUUCUGCGCCUAGGGGAGGAGGAGGCGGACUGGGCUGAGGAGGCCCUGGGGGAGCGCUUCCUGCAGGCCCUGGAGCUGCUCAUUGGCAGCCUGGAGCAGGCCAGCCUGCCCUGCCACUUCAACCCCGGCGUGAACCUGCUGGGCGGCCUGCGGGAGGAGGAAGUCGAGGACCUGGGCUACGCCCUGUACUGUGGCCUGCAGGCCCCCGAGGGGCUGCUCUGGGGUGGCGUGGGGCACGAACGCUGGUGAGCUGCACAUGCUCCCUCCAGGGGUUCCAGAGCACCUUUCUGUUUUUAGCCAGAGGAUGGCUUAGCUCAUGUUGUGGGAGGCCUGAGCGGGGCCCCCACUUGCCCCGACCCGGCCUUGGGGCCGACCCUGAGGCCUCAUCACCAGCAGGGAAUCCACAGACAGAACAAAGCUCCUACUGUCCUAGGCACGGGAUAAGGCCACGCUGAUUUUCUGUCCAGAGGGAGUCCUGCUUUCCUCGGGUGCCAGCCUCGGUGGACGCUGUGCGUGUUUUGUCCCCCAAGGACCGGAGUUGCCUAGAACCCGCGGAAUGCAGCUUUCGUCUGAUUUAAAGGCCACGUGUGUCCGGUUUGCUGGCCCAGCUCUGUAGCUGGAGCGGGGGCUCUCACGUCACACCUCAGGGAAGGCCUCCCCGCCCGCCCCCCCCCCCGCUGCCACGGCUGCACAAGUCCUGAGCUGAAGUUCUCUGUGCCGCCCACUGGGCCCCGAGCGGAGGGUGUCCCCUGGCCCUGCUGGGCCCGCCCUGCGGUGCCAAUACCAGCUUUGCUAGCUGACCCUGUGCUCGCCCUGAGGCCUGGCAGGGGAGGGGGCUGGGGAGGGGCCUGCCUCCCCUCCUGGGCUUAUCUCCUGUCUCUGGUAUCCUUCCUCCUGAAGCAAAGCUAUGCCUCGAGAACUGAACAAGAAUAAAAGCAAAAACUUAAGCAUCCGUAGGACA